AUGGCAGGCCGUAGAUCGAGUUCAAUUGGUUGUCGUUCUCUUAUCGGCCGAAGAACAUCAAUCUAUGUCAAUUCCUAUGAUCCCAUUAAGUUGAUUAUUGACAUUAAUGGGCAGGUGGCCUUAUUUAGGGACUUGCUAAUACACAUAGGGCAGGCUAGAGAUUGCCCUGAACUAAGAGAAAAAAUAAGAAAAUUGAGAAGGAACUGCGUAGAAGCCUGCAAACACACCAGCCAAUUAAUUUUACCCCAAUUACGAAGUGCCGUAGCCGAGGGCAUUCCCGCAGAUAAUCCACAUCUGGUUUUGCUAUUUUUUAUGUCUCAAUUAUUCCUACGUGAACUCACUAAGUGCCAUCGACUAGUUCAAAUUAUACCAAUGGAUAUGUCCGGAUAUUAUGAUAAUCGAGCAGGACCAUCAAAUUUGGGCAACGUUAUAAGCCAAAUUUUACUAUGUAAACAAAUCACACCUGAUUUCAAUCAAGAAGAACUGUGUAGUAUAACUAAGGAUUCGCAGGAAAUUAACAAAAUUCUCAAGGAAAUGCAAGAGUAUAUGCCUAAGCAAGAAAAUAAUUUGGAACGAACGGCAGCUUUGACGGAGGAUCUGACAAGCCAGUGGACCAAUAAAACAAGGAGAAACUCUUUAUAUAAACAUAUGGGACUUCUGUGUUGUGUAAGUCGUCCAAACUAUCUAUGA